GUGACCCUUGCCCGCCUGCCUGCCUGCCCCCCCAGCUGGAACCAAGAAGGUUGUGUCCCCCUUCCUCUGGGUGUCCUUGUCUCCUGCUAUCAGGGCUUCCCCUUUCUUGGUCAUCGAUCCCUAGAGCUCUGGCUCUUUCUCUUCUUGGGGUGAGAAAUUGCUAAGAACAGUUUAUUUCCCAUGCAUGCAUCUGGGCUUGCCACUGAUCUGCCUUUUCCCCCCUCCUCCCCAGGUUAGGGACACCUGGGUCCAACCUUCCCAAGGAAUAUGGGGAUGGGGGUUGGAGAUGAAGUUUAGUGCUAGACUGUAAGGUAGGUGGGGUGGAAGUACAUGCAGGAAAGGGCUAAAAUGGUACUAACGGUGUUAAGGAUAGGGUGAAUUAUUUAAGAGGAAAAAGACUAGGCCCAGGUUCUCCUUAGCCAUGUGGCUUUCCCAGGGCAGAGGGUGGCCCCUCCCUACCCAGGGGCCCAGCAGAGACUGACUUUUGACCCCCACCCCAGAGACCAGUGAACCAUUAACUCCUCUCUUAUGUGAGCCUUCACACACUGGCCCCACCCCUGGCCCCGCCCCAAGGCAGGUGGGCUAGGAGGGGGUGCGUGUCCAUCUCAGCCUUCUAUGUGACGUGGCCUCCGAUCCACCUGGACACCUGGAGGCUAAGCCUGGAUUCCCCCUUCCCUGACUCAGGAACUGCUUAACGUCCACAGCAAGGCCUAAUAAGGGACCUGAGGGCACAGUCCUCAGGAUGUUUCGGGGAGAAUAGGAGCCAGAACCUGAGCCCCUAAGCCAUUCCCCUCACCAAUGAUGGGGUCCCCAGUGAGUCAUCUGCUGGCCGGCUUCUAUGUGUGGGUCGUCUUGGGCUGGGUAGGGGGCUCAGUCCCCAACCUGGGCCCUGCUGAGCAGGAGCAGAACCAUUACCUGGCCCAGCUGUUUGGCCUGUACGGAGAGAAUGGGACGCUGACUGCAGGGGGCUUGGCGCGGCUUCUCCACAGCCUGGGGCUAGGCCGAGUUCAGGGGCUUCGCCUGGGACAGCAUGUGCCUCUGACUGGACGGGCUGCAUCCCCAGCUGCAGACAAUUCCACACACAGGCCACAGAACCCUGAGCUGAGUGUGGAUGUCUGGGCAGGGAUGCCUCUGGGUCCCUCAGGGUGGGGUGACCUGGAAGAGUCAAAGGCCCCUCACCUACCCCGUGGGCCAGCCUCCUCGGGCCUGGACCUCUUUCACAGGCUUCUGUUGCUGGACCACUCAUUGGCUGACCACCUGAAUGAGGAUUGUCUGAACGGCUCCCAGCUGCUGGUCAAUUUUGGCUUGAGCCCCGCUGCUCCUCUGACCCCUCGUCAGUUUGCUCUGCUGUGCCCAGCCCUGCUUUAUCAGAUCGACAGCCGCGUCUGCAUCGGCGCUCCGGCCCCUGCACCCCCAGGGGAUCUACUAUCUGCCCUGCUUCAGAGUGCCCUGGCAGUCCUGUUGCUCAGCCUCCCUUCUCCCCUAUCCCUGCUGCUGCUGCGGCUCCUGGGACCUCGUCUACUACGGCCCUUGCUGGGCUUCCUGGGGGCCCUGGCCGUGGGCACUCUUUGUGGGGAUGCACUGCUACAUCUGCUACCGCAUGCACAAGAAGGGCGGCACGCAGGACCUGGCGGACUACCAGAGAAGGACCUGGGCCCGGGGUUGUCAGUGCUCGGAGGCCUCUUCCUGCUCUUUGUGCUGGAGAACAUGCUGGGGCUUUUGCGGCACCGAGGGCUCAGGCCAAGAUGCUGCAGGCGAAAACGAAGGAAUCUCGAAACACGCAACUUGGAUCCGGAGAAUGGCAGUGGGAUGGCCCUUCAGCCCCUACAGGCAGCUCCAGAGCCAGGGGCUCAGGGCCAGAGGGAGCAGAACAGCCAGCAUCCACCAGCUCUGGCCCCUCCUGGGCACCAAGGCCACAGUCAUGGGCACCAGGGUGGCGCUGAUAUCACGUGGAUGGUCCUCCUGGGAGAUGGUCUACACAACCUCACUGACGGGCUGGCCAUAGGUGCUGCCUUCUCUGAUGGCUUCUCCAGUGGCCUCAGUACCACCUUAGCGGUCUUCUGCCAUGAGCUGCCCCACGAACUGGGUGACUUUGCCAUGCUGCUCCAGUCAGGGCUGUCCUUUCGGCGGCUGCUGCUGCUGAGUCUCGUGUCUGGAGCCCUGGGAUUGGGGGGUGCAGUCCUGGGGGUGGGGCUCAGCCUGGGCCCUGUCCCCCUCACUCCCUGGGUGUUUGGGGUCACUGCUGGGGUCUUCCUCUAUGUGGCCCUUGUGGACAUGCUACCAGCCCUGCUUCGUCCUCCGGAGCCCCUGCCUACGCCCCAUGUGCUCCUGCAGGGGCUGGGGCUGCUGCUGGGGGGCGGCCUCAUGCUUGCCAUAACCCUGCUGGAGGAGCGGCUACUGCCCGUGACCACUGAGGGCUGACGGGGCCAGUGGAAAGGGGUUGGGUUGCCCUUCCUUCCCCCCAACCACAGGAAUGGAGGCGGGACACAGGGCCAGUAGGAGCAAUAGGAUUUUAAUAAACAGAACCCAUCCCAAA